CUCCCUCCCUCCUUUGCUACACCCGCCAGCUCACGCCAGCGCAAAAAAUCAAGCUACUCCCCCCCAAACGGACCAAAAUCGUCGUCUUUUUUCGCACUCCCAAUAGAUCCCCUUUCUCAUAGUCCUUCAUGGAAGUUUCGCUCUCCCAUAAAAUUUCCGUUAAUUCUUCUUCCGUAUUGCACAUUCCGGCUUUCCUGCUCCUGCUCCUUGCUGUCGCGCUACGUCCUUGAAGUGAAUCCUGAAAGAAAAAGAGGGAGAGAUAGUGCUUUCUAUUUGUCGCUGAGGGAGACCUGUGGAAGAUUCCUGUUUUUCCCUUCGGCUUGGUUGGCAAAGGACAAAGCGUACUCUCCAUCCCAUCCACGCGAGCAAGCGAACAAAGCAUCGUGGCGGUAUAUAUUUUCGCACACAUGAACAUUCGUUCUGCUUAACCCUACGGUGCGCAUUGAAUACUCGGGGCCAAGGGCAAAGAUACAAGAUUUUUCCCACCCCCUCUAUCUUUUUUUUUUUUUUUUUUUUCCCCGUUUAAAAAAAACUUUCCGCUCUCCUUUCACCCUACGGUAUCAUACCUUUCCCCUUUAAAUUUAGAACACCCACCCCAUCUGCGAGCCAAGCCCCCUUACCGGCUACACACGGCCUUAACACCAACCCCAGAAAACACAAGAAAAAGCAAAAAAGCGAACGGAACCUUAAAAGGGGGCGAACCCGAAACCGAGAUGGCGGAUAUCUUCACAUUCGACCACGACCCUACCCCCCACGACCUCGAUUCCCCCGCCUUGACGAAGCCGGUUUACGGUUUUGGCGGCGGCCGUCGCCGCGCGAGUAUUACCGCUGCGGCAAAUGUCGAGGGCGCUGGAAGUGUGAGUAGUCUUGCGGUUGCUGUCGCUGCGGCUAAGAUUUCCCCGGGCGUGCCUGGAGGAUUGGCGGUGCUGUUUCCGCAUUCGGAGGUUUCGUCGCGGGCUCCAAGUGAUGCUGGGGAUAUUGGCGCUGAGAGGGCGCAGGGGAAGAGUGGUGGUGGAAAGAGGAAGAAGAAGUCUAAGAGUAAGAAGAAGAAGGGUGGUACUGGUGCGGUCCAACUGCAGCAGCAACGGCAGCAAGGCAGGAAGGGUGAGGGGAAGAAGGAUGAACCGAUUGCUACAGUUAUUCCGGUUGACGGUGGCGGAUUGUGCCCUGAUUGGAAUUUCGUCAAGAGGAAUAUCACUCCCUCUCCGUCGAGUUCGAGAUCGUCCUCCCCGCCGCGUAGGUCCGGGCUUUCGUCCCUGUUGAGCCAGGCACAUCCUGGAGAUUUGGUGUCUGUUAGACCUGGAAGCGACACCUCAGUUGAGUCGGAGAAUGGGGAUGCGCACGCGGGUAUGGGGACGUAUGAGGUUGCGCUGGAUGAGGAUUACAUUGAUGAGGAUGUCAAUUCCCGUCCUACGUCUCGUGCGGGCCCAGACCAGGGGAGGAAGAUGCAUGCGGAGGAUUUUGAGACUUUGAAGUGUUUGGGCAAGGGAACGUGAGUAGCUUGAUUGGGUCCUGUGCCUUGGAGUGAGUUUUGCUGAGCGUGUAAUAGUUAUGGAACUGUCUUCUUGGUUCGUCAGAAGGACACUGGAAAGCUCUACGCGCAGAAGCAAUUUAAAAAGGCGAGUCUGGUGGUCCAUAAGAAGAUGGUUGAACAGACAAAGACCGAGCGUGCAAUCCUUGAGUCCGUCCGCCAUCCAUUUGUUGUCAAGCUCUACUAUGCCUUCCAGGAUAAGGAGAAGCUCUAUUUGAUCCUUGAGUAUGCUCAAGGUGGCGAGCUUUUCUUGCAUUUGGCGUUGUCAACUUUCUUCCCGGAGACCACCGCGGUAUUUUACCUCGCGGAGCUCGUCCUUGCUCUCUCGCAUCUUCACCAGAACGUGGGAGUGGUGUACAGGGACCUGAAGCCGGAGAACUGUUUGUUGGACGCAGAAGGCCACCUCCUCUUGACCGACUUUGGACUCAGCAAAGUUAAAACCGAUGACUCCCGCUGCCGUUCCUUCCUGGGCACACCCGAAUACAUGGCCCCGGAGAUUCUAAGUGGCGACGGCAAACGGGAGUAUGGUGCUGAGGUUGACUGGUGGGGCUUCGGUGCUCUCGCUGUGGACUUGAUGUCUGGCGGGCCCCCCUUUACGGGAAACAACACGGCAAAAAUCACUCACAGGAUCAUUCACUCAAAACUCAACCUGCCGUACUUCCUAUCCCCGGACGCAAAGGACCUGAUCACCCGAUUGCUGCGCAAGGACCCGACGAAGCGGUUGGGAUACAACAUGCCGAAGGAUCUACAUACGAUCAAGAAUCACAGAUUUUUCAGAAAAAUUGACUGGGAAAAGUUGGAGCGCAGGGAGCUUGAACCGCCGAUCAGACCACUCAUCACCGACCCCGAGCUCGCGGAGAAUUUCUCGACGGAUUUUACGGGGUUGGGAUUGAGUCCGCCGGUCAUGUUUGCUAGGGGAGACAAGGAGGACGAGGAGGGCUUGUUUGGUGGUUUCAGCUUUGUCGCGUCGACGAGUGUGUUGGGGGAGAGGUAUUAGGCUUGUGGACUUUGUGAUGCCGAAGGGUGAAGGCGGAGGUGGGGAUACAUGGCAGAGGGGUGGCUACUAGACUGUGCUCUUUCUAAAGUUUCUGGACAGCCUAGAAUAAUUGAUGUGGAAUUGCUUCGUUUUUUUUCUUUUUUCUUUUUUCCGUGUUUUACGUUACUUUUUACAAGCUCCGCUGUUAGUGCUUAGAAGUUUCUUAUUCUUAUCCUUAAUACUACAAUGCUUUAUCCAU